AUGCCAGCUGAAUGCGUGAAGGUUAUAGUUAGAGUCAGACCAUUUAAUUAGAAGGAAAGAGAUAAUGGUAGCAAACUAUGUGUAAAUGCUAAUGAAAGUACAAAUUCUGUAGAACUCUUUAGAGUAUUAAUACAAAUUUAUUGUAUUACUAGAGUUCGGAAAACGAUUCAAAACAAUUCACUUAUGAUUAUGUAUUUGGACCAGAAACACCUCAACUUUAGAUAUAUUAAUAAACUGCAUUUAAUUUGGUGGAAUCUGUGGCAGAGGGGUACAACGGAACCAUCUUUGCUUAUGGUUAAACUGGUAUGGAAAAUGUAUUAUCAUUUAGGUUGUGGUAAGACGUUCACAAUGAUUGGAGAUCCAUUAAAUGUAUAUUCAAUCACAUAAAUCUUAGGAUAACAUGAAAGGCAUAAUACCAAGAACAUUUGAAUAGAUAAUCAACAUCAUCAACAACAAUUCAGAUUCAAAUAAGAAAUUCUUGUUGAGGUGUUCCUACAUUGAAAUCUACAAUGAAGAAAUACAUGAUUUAUUGAGUAAGGAUGUUAAAUAGAGGUACGAAUUAAAAGAAGGACAAUAAGGAGUUUAUGUUAAGGAUUUGAAUAUUCCCAUUGUGAAAACAUUAUAAGAUAUGGAUAAAUUUAUGACAUUAGGAGCAUAGAAUCGAUCAGUGGGGGCAACAGCCAUGAACAAAGAGUCAAGUAGGAGUCAUUGUAUUUUUACAGUAUACAUUGAAUGUUCAAUGACUGAUGACAAGGGAAAUGAACGUAUUACUGCAGGAAAACUGAACUUGGUAGAUCUUGCAGGGAGUGAGAGACAAUCUAAAACUUAGGCUACUGGAGAUAGAUUGAAAGAAGCAACCAAGAUUAAUUUAUCAUUGUCUGCCUUAGGAAAUGUGAUUUCAGCUUUGGUUGAUGGCAAAACUCAACACAUUCCCUACAGGGAUUCUAAAUUAACAAGGUUGUUGUAGGAUUCACUUGGUGGUAAUACUAAGACCAUAAUGAUUGCUGCCAUUUCGCCAUCUGAUUUUAAUUAUGAUGAGACAUUAUCAAGUCUAAGAUAUGCAUCUAGAGCCAAGAUGAUUAAGAAUCAACCAAAAGUAAAUGAAGAUCCCAAAGAUGCCAUGUUAAAAGAAUAAGCUGAAGAAAUUAAGAAACUCAGAGAACUAUUGCUUAGAUAGAACUAGGACAACGGAGAUCGACAGAAUGUGGAUAAUCACGGAAGAUUAAAUAAUGUUGAUAAUAGUCAUCAUGAACAAAUAAAUCAAUUCAAAGAGAUUAACAAUUAAUUACUGUAGGAGAAACAGAGAUAUGAGAAUGAAAUGAAGGAAAAAAGUGAAUAGGCUGAACAAGAGAGAUUGGCGAGGUAGAGAUUGGAAGAAUUGUUGAAGGAGAAGGAGUAGAUGAUGAUCAAGGGUGGCAAAGGGACAGAUGACGAUAAAAAAAAAUAUAAGAAAAUGCAAUAGGCUAUAGAACAAUAGAAGAAGGAACAUGAAUAAUUGAAAAUUCAAUAGGAGUUAAAGGAAAAGGAAAUGCUUGAGAUUGAAUAUAAAUAUAAUAGUGUACAGGACGAAGUUGAAAAAUUAAGAAAACAAGUUAAAUAUUUGAAAAAUAAAUAUGAAUAGCAAUAAUAAGAAUAAAAUGAAAUGAAAUAAGAUUUUGAAUAUGACAAGGAAGAGUUUUUAGAUACCAUUAGGUCACAAUCCAAGGAAAUCAAAUUGUUUUCUGGGAUUUUGAGGAUGAUUCUAUUAUAAGAAGAUAUAGAAAAAAUUACUAGUUGUUGUGAAUGGAAUGAUGAUGUGGAAGAAUACAAAAUACCUCCAUUUAACAUCAAAGCUAAGAAGGUCAACUUCCCAAAUCUGCCUUAUUAGAAAGCCAUGGAUCUGAUUGAUGUAGAAAAAUAAGAGAGGCAAGUUGAGAUCCAUCACAGACCAUUACCUUCAAGUUAUAGAGAUGUAGAAAACACUAGAAUUGCAUCGCCUGGCAGACAGAGGAAAGGUAUAACUAUAUAUGGAAAGUAGGUGAAUCAUAACCAAGAAUGAAUGGAAAUAAUGAUAAUAAGGGAAUGAGCAUUGUAGAGAAGACUAAGCUUAAUUAGCAGCUUCUAGAAAUUUAUGAAGGAAGAACAAAUAAAACUUAGAAAGAUGAGUUACAAUAAUAAUAAUAGUAAUAAAAAAGAGUCAACUAGAAGAUUAUAUUAAAUCCUAUUGAUAAUAGAGGGAACCAAGUCCAAAAUUAUAAUAAUUAAUGUGAGCCAAUAAUUAUUAAUAAUAAUUAAAACAAUAAUUAAAAUACAUCUUAAAUUACUCCUCCUUUAGUUAAAAAAAGUAUUCAUGUAAAUAUUAUAUUUAGUUUCAAAUUUAAAUCCUUUAGAUUAAAAACCCCCCACAGGUAGAUUGGUUUAACAACAAAAAAUUUAAUAAUAAUACUGA